UCCAGCCUGCAGACGUCGCCAAUAUGAUUAAAAUAAGCAUAACCUGUUAUAGUGUUUAUAAAUUGUUUGUAGUCAGUUUACCUUAAAAGUUCAGCAGGUCCAGGUGUGUGUUGGAGGCGAAAAAAAUGCGGAAAUAUUAUCUCCUGUGUGUAUUUCUGUAUCUCGUGGGACAUCUACAAGGGUUGAAGGACUGUGGCGACUGUGUAAAAUUAAAUUCCUGCUCAAGAGCAACAGAUCUCGCAAUACACAACAGCAAUUCGGAUACAGAAGAGAAAUUUAAAAAUUCCUUUUGCGGCUACGAAGGCUCAGGAUACAAGAAGAUUCCAAAAGUAUGUUGCUCAGACUUCGAAGACGAUGAAGGUAAAGAUGACAUAGAGAACCAUCCAAACAUUAACCUCCUACCGGACUCCUGCGGUGACAUAGACGGCAGGCGCAUCGUGGGGGGGGCAACGGCGAACCUGUACGAGUAUCCGUGGAUGGCGCUCAUCUCUUACAAAACAAGACUAGGUCUUCAGUUCCAGUGUGGAGGGAGCAUUAUUAAUUCAAGAUACAUCUUGACUGCCGCACACUGUGUUAGAAAUAGGAUCAUCGCUGGUGUACGCAUAGGAGAAUACGACAUACGGUACGGGACUGACUGCCAGGGGACAGGAGACCAAUACGCUUGUGAAUCACAUAUUCAGGACAUGAUCGUAGAAGAAAUAAUUUUCCAUGAAAGCUACGUGAAAACAAGUAAGACUGUGGCCAACGACAUAGCCCUGUUGCGACUGAUCAAGCCUAUCAACUUCACAUAUAGAAACGCCGCCCCCAUAUGCUUACCAAUAACGGCGAGUAUGAGGAAUACAGAAUUGUCUGGGAGACAGGCGACGGUUGCUGGGUGGGGCCUCACUGAGAAUAACGAGGAUUCCUCGAUACUGCUGAAGGUGGAAGUCCCCAUCUGGAGCAGCAGCCAAUGCAGCAGUUUUUACAACAGAUGGAAUGUGGAUACCGAGCUCUGCGCCGGGGCAGUCAACAAGGACUCGUGCGAAGGUGACUCCGGCGGCCCUCUCAUGCUGGAGAGCACAUACAAGGGGGCAUACAGAAUCAUACAGUACGGCAUAGUUUCCAGAGGGCCCCAGAACUGCGGCUCCAAUAAUCCAGGAAUAUACACGAACGUCACCAAAUUCAUGGGCUGGAUACUGGACAAUAUUCGAGAAUGAAUAUUUUAGAACACUCUGGUUUCUUGCGUGGGGUACUCUGAAAGAGUCCUUCGUCCCAAAAAUGUUCAAUAGAUCAUAAAAUUGGGACGAAGGGCUAGAAUAAAAAAAAUUGUUAAAAAUUCAUAUUUAGUCCUUCCUCCCAAUGGGACGAAAAUUUUUGGGACGAAGGACUAACUAAUCCUCUGAAAUACACGAUCCAUACAAGCAAGAAAGAAUGGAAGCUUUAACUGAGUAUAAGACUAAAAUUAGGUCACAGAAUAAAUUAAGAUAUUUUUAAUAAAUUCGGUAGUCGUAA